CUUCCUAGGCAUGGCGCUUGACAUAACCUAAAGCACCUCUUCGGUGAAUCGGCCGGCUUUCAAUUUGCUGGAAUGGAGCAGCGUGACAAGAAGCUUGGAGAGCUUCCCAAGCACAGCGGUGGGACUAUGACUUAUACCGAAGCCUACGAGACUGUCAUGGCGAAUAAAGCUUGGGUCAAAGUAUUCGUUGGCCUAUGGACCUAAGGAAGGACUUGUCACAUCGAACGCUGUCGGCUUAUCAACUCUAUGCACAGUAUUGCCUAGCUUGCGCUGUCCUCAACGACUCUGCGACUCGCCUGAUCAAAGCAGCCAUCGAGCGCUCUGAAGCGCACAAAUCUGGUAAUGAUCAUCACCACAGCCUCGUCGACGCACCUGUAUGCGAGUACAAUGACGUCAAUCAGAUUCGGAAGGUGAUUAUGGAUCUGUUCACGGCCGCGCAGAGUAUGACUGGGGGCACCUGUGCAUGGUUAUCCGCCGAGCUUGAAGCGCGACGUGAUUUCUAGAAGACGAUUCGUCGGGAAGUGAGAGCUGCAGUCAUGCAUCGGUGAUGGUGGCACUCUUCACAGCUGAUGAAUGGCGGGUUCUUGCCGUCUUCGGCACCGCGACGGAACAGAAGACGCCAAUGACCUGGGCCAAACUUCAGUCGUGCAGCCAGCUCCAGCAUGUAAUCCUCGAGACUCUUCGAGAGCAUCCGGUUCUGCCGAACAUUGGUCGCAAUGCGCUUUUGGACACUGUGCUUCCCCGUGAGCGUGGUCCAGAUUGGUCUCUGCCAAUUCCAGUGCCAAGGUGCACCCUGGUGACGAUGUGCCUUUAUCGCAUGCACGGACGAUAGAAGGAAUGGCGACCGGAAUGCGAGCAGUUUCGGCCACAUAGCUCUAGGUGAUGCAAUCGUUACCGACGUGUGUCCUCUCACUGACUGCAUGCAGGGAGAGCCGCCGUCACGGCCCUGA